GGGGGGCCUGUUUCAUGUGUAUCCUGCAUCAUUAGUGUUAUCUACUGUCAGUAGAUGCAGUAAAUAUAGAUCGUUUCAUCAACAAAACCUAUUUCGUGUCAGAGGUUGAUAGUGAGUCGAGAACAUGACAAAACAUUGAAAAACACGGGUGUGGGCUCUAACAGGUUUCCUUCUAAUCGACGAUAGAAGAAUUGUCAUACGUAAAUACAUGGUGGAAAAUCCAUGCAUCUUCGCAUCCUCCUGAUUGUGAGUCAAAAUCAAGAGGCACCCUUUUUCCGAAUACCACAACCGGGUGAAUAAUCGCGAGCGCGAUAACAGGAACGGAUGUGUCACCGUUUUGCAAUCCAUUCCGAUUGCAGUCUCACGUGCACUCCGUCAAGGGUUGUGGCAUCAGAAUUGAGCCACCCAAAGACCGAGUUUAGCAUUCAACGCUUUUGGACGGCUGUCUAAACAUGAACAUCGAAGGCUCUGGCUGUGGAGAAUUGCAGCAACUGGUCCAGGAGGAAGAGGGUGAAGAGCCUCCCAGCCGUGGCGCAGAGGUUACGCCUCCUUCGACUCCUGCCAAGUCGAAUCGGCAGAGUAAAAACGAUCCGCAGAAUGUUCACAUCUCGCAACAGGGGCUCUGGGAAAAUAACACUCAGAUGUCGCCGAUAAUAAGUAAGGAGAGUUCCGGCCAUGCAACGACUAGUCAGGGAUCGAUGGCCUCUGGCAGGGCGAUGAAUACGUCAAAUCAGACCACGAAUCAAUCGAGGCUUGUCUACAUGAAUGAGAAAGAAAAGCAGAAGCCCAACCGUCCGGAACCACCGAGAAUAAAUAGGCAGCACAGAGCGGUCGUGCCAUGCAGACACCAUUGCUUUCUGUCAGAGGUACCGGAUGUCAGGCGAAUGGAACAGGCUCUCCUCCAUCUGCUUGAAGAUUUUCAUAGUGGAAACUUGAGAGCUUUUGGCAAAGACUGCAGUAUGGAGCAGAUGACUGAGAUAAGGGAGCAGCAGGAACGAUUGGCUCGACUUCAUUUUGAAUUGGGUCAGAGACAAGAGACUGGGACUUCAGUCAACGGCGAGCAAUCAGGCCUCAGGCAGUCCACAGCGAACAUGCGGCACUUGCUUCAUCGUUUGCAGCAGCUCAGCGUUUGCAUAGAAAAAUUACACAGCAAAUAAUUGAUUGCCAGUGGAACAAUGUCAAUUUAUAUGUCCAUUUAGCUAAUUCCAAUUAUUCGUUUUCACUUUCAUUUAUCCUUAAUUUUUGUAGUGAAUUUUCCAUUUCCACUGUCUCAUUGCGCCAUGGUUGUUUGUACACGUCUGAACAGAAAAAUGCGGGACGAUUAUGUUCGUUGUUUCGUAACUAGAUAGAAAUUUUGAUAACGAUUUUUCAAGGGAUCCGUGUGAGUCAAUUUGACGAAUGGAGUAAAACAUGGAUCGAAUUAAUAAUGACUUGUGAUUAGAUGCUCAGAUAUAGUACAACUACCGAAUACUUAUACUAACACAAAAACGUUUAAACAAAAAAACAUUUCAGGUUGAAACCUGUCCGAAGUAGCUCAAGUCGAUCGUAUUGUAACUUACAUUUUUAUCAUAUAUCCCUUAUAGUAGAUCUCGUAGUAUAGAGAUAUGAUUUACGCACUUAUGUAUAGAAAAAAAAAACUUUUUAUGUACGUAUGCUGUUCGGUAUGCACGUAUGUGUACAAUUUGUUGACAAAAUUUAUUAAAAAUAGUUGAAAAUCA